AUGGCCCUUGUUGACUGCUGCAGUUGGUUGCGUAGUGUUGCGGUGUCGGGAGCGAAAGGGGACUUUCAUACUCCGCCGCUGCCCGUCCCAUGCCCGGUUGAGAAAGGAGGAGGAUUGAAGACCGUGACAAGUCCCCGUAAAAUUCAGCAACCUGCAAUUCAUGUUACCAAGGCCAUCGAAAAUUAUACCGGCUCGGUCGUAGCCCGGCAUACCAAGGGCCGCGCAAGCUGUUGGGGAACUGAGGCAGACUGCGAAAAGUCGGCGAUCAAAACCUCAAUAUUGUCCUCAUCCAGCCGUGGGGGGGGUAGCAGCACAACAACGGCUGACGACCACCGACGGAAUCACGAUGACGAUACCACACAGCAAUGGAUUCCGUACCCGUUCUGA